AUGCGCACCCGGUUAAUGAUGGACAGUGCUCGCGAUCUGGAGGUGGACUUGGGAAAUGUGGGAAUGGAUGACCAGCCUGAGCCCGUCGACGAGUUUGAAGAAGAGCAACAAGAGUUUGACUGGACACGGUGCACUCACGAUCAAAUGUUUGUCUUUCAAGAAUCAGAAUUAGAUGCCAUCUUGGAUAUUGUCAUCACCAAGAUGACCCCUCAGCGCUCACCUUCGCAGAAGCCCGUUCCCGCCAACAUGAUGUUUCUUUCCGCACGAUAUGCGCAUUACCACGCUAGCCCGGAGCUUCUCGAGAAGUUUUUGGUGACAGCCAUGGAUAAGAUCAACGAUGUGGUGGAAACAUACCAGUGGGACAUGACGAUUCUCGCCUUCUGGAUGUCUAACGCUACGUUACUGCUACACUACUUGAAGAAGGAUGUGGGACUCGUCGAGGCCACGGCAGAGUUCCAGGCACAGCUGGCGGAACUGAUCAACGAGAUCUUCAUACUUAUCGUCCGGGACGCUGAGAGGCGCAUGGACAAGGUUCUAGACGUGGCGAUGCUGGAUCAUGAGACGAUACCGGGCUUCGAGGACAUUACAUUUCAAAACGAGUGGAAGAUCUUCAAGCGGAAAGCCCAGCGGGCGAAGCCGGCGCCGCGCAAUGUCACAUCGCUCCUCUCCUCGACACUCUUUGUGCUGGACCUCUACGACAUUCACUCCGUAAUCACGGCCCAAAUCGUGUCGCAGCUCGUAUAUUGGCUCGGCGCAGAGCUCUUCAACCGCGUCAUGUCGAAUCGGAAAUACUUGGCUCGGACGAAAGCUAUGCAGAUCCGUAUGAACAUCUCUAUUCUAGAGGACUGGGCGCGCACCAACAACCGGCAGCCCGAGCACUACGAGGGGCUCCUGCAGUGGCUGCAGUGUUUCUCCUCGCUCGGCGCGGACGACCUCGAGGCCCUGGUGGGCACGCUGCAACAACUCAAGCGACUUACGCCGCAGCAGCUCCUCCACGCGGCCCGGCGCUACCGGCCUGAGGUGGGAGAGAAGGGCCUGCCCAAAAGUGCUAUCAAAUACUUGGAAGCUAUACAGGCGGAGCAUGCGCUACAGCGCGAGAAGCGCCGCAGCCGACCUCCGGGGAGCAGUGCGCCACCGACGCCGACCAAGGCGUCUAACGGACAGCAGACACUGGCGCCACCAUCCGAAGCGGGGGCCGGGGGCUGGGGCUGGGGACAGGCCGUCCGACAACAUAGCCGGGUUCGAGGAGGACAGUGA